AUGGACUAUAUGAAAAAUACUACAAGCUAUCGUCCUCUUACCUCAUCAUCCGAGGUUCCAGACCUGUCAUCUCUUACCGAGGACGUUGCUAUCGCAGAUAUCACCAAGGCUGGUCCGGAUAUCUUUGCUAAACAAAUCACCCUGAUUGAGCUCUCACUUUUCAAAGCAAUCAAACGUGAAGAAUUUUCCAGCCUUAAAUGGAACGGAAAAGAGAAGCAUAUUUACGCACCCAACAUUGUCGCAUCCACCCGUUGGUUUAACCAGAUCAAUUUUUGGGUUCAGAAGGAAAUUCUGAAAUACUCUUGCGUUUCCAAACGUACAGAAUUGCUGGCGUUUUUCAUCAAAAUGGCCAAGAAACUCGUCGAUUACAACAACUUGUAUUCUGCCAUGUCUAUUGUGUCGGCGUUACAAGUCGAAUGUAUCUAUCGCCUGAGACACACAUGGGACGGUUUGCCCAACAAGGAUCGUGCGGCCUACCGUAGACUGGAGGAACUAUUCAGUCAGAAUGACAAUUGUCGACGUCAGCGGGAACAUAUGAAUUCCAUAUCGCUACCGGGCAUACCCUAUCUCGGUCUCUAUCUUUCUGAUCUCACGUACACCAAUGUGGCGCAUCCUCGAGUUGGCGGAAAGCCAACGGCCAUUUGGACAUCCAAGAUCAACACCAUCAUUGAUAUCAUUGCUUAUUUUCAACAGUCGGAAUAUCCGUUUAACGUAGACGGGACCAUAAACGCCUAUCUUUGUGCUCAACGAUACAUCGAAGAACUACAAAAGUUCCUUGAGGAGGAUAACUAUCGCACUUCACUUCGUUUAGAGCCGCAACCAGAACCAGUAAUUCAUACCUGCUCUGUCUAUGUUCCCACGGUUGAAGAUGGUCGUACAAUGACUGGAUUUUUGAAAUGCCCCAGUGAAACUACUCCAACCCGUGGAGUGCGUCCAAGCGAGAUGAUUCCUCGAGGACAUCAGAAUCAAACCCUCCGAUCCUCAAAAUCCGCCUCGGUAAACUCGAGCUUUGAAUCAGAUAUGAUUCCUGUGGCUCAAACACUUUGGACCGAUUGUAAAAGAGCUAACAAGUCGGUGACGGCGCUUGCCAGCCCCACUCCACCCGCACCGUUUGACACUUCAGCCGCCAACCUAUGUACCCCCAUCGUCCGGACCAAGAAGAAAUCUGUCGUCUUGGACACCAACAACAGCGUUUUAACCAUGCCGAAACCCUCAAAGGUGCUAUUCUCCGACGAUGGACCACCACAGAAGCUGCACGCGCUCCAACAUAACACUCUACUGCAGGGAGACCUCAAGGACAAUCUCACCACUAAUUUCCCACUAUCUACAGACAUUGAUGCUGAGUCCCCCACUCGCUCUCAUCAUCGCCCGACCCAUUACCAUCAACCGGAAACCCCAUCCACCGAGAACCUCACCAAAUCCCCGGAGCACUUGCCUCCGAUACCACCAAGACCGCCCCAUCAGUCUUGCGAUUCCAUCCACCACCACCGCCACAAAGCUCGAACACAACGUCCUUCUUUGUCCUCGUCAUUUACGGUGGACGCUCCUGAUGAAUCUGUUCCUUGUCCGGAGAGAUUGCCAAACGCACUUGACGAAGUUCGUUUGGAGAGGUCCACAGAUGUCUUAGAUCUCAAGUGUCGCAAGAUAUCCGAGUCCGUCCUAUCCUCUCUUACGCAGAGUUCUACAAGCCAAAGUCCACCAAUCAGUUCUACACCCACAAAACGUGUGUCGAGCGUACCUGUGCUCCUGAGCGAUUCGUUAGAUGCCACCGCAGCUGCUGUGUGUGCUGCCACAGUGUGUGCUACCGAUCUUGGUCGACUGGAGUUGGGCAGCGAGCCGAAUCCCGUCCCCUCAUUACCUUCAUGCACCACGACACAAGCAGAUGUAUCAGUGGACGAAUCAGUUCCACAGCAGUCCUCAUGUACCCUGAAAAUUCCAUCGGUAUCGACUCCUGCGGUCCAGCUUGGAUCUGAACAACGCAAAGUUUCAUCAAGUCAUAAAGCCUUCUUUCCCCCGUCGAUCGGUCUCAGUCAAUUCGAUGUACAAAUUGUUUAUCAGGGCGUGGUGCAACGACGUACGCUGGUUCGAGCACGCACUGCCGCUUUCUCAGGCUUAGCUGCAUUGUUGAGUCCCAAGCUGCGUAAAGGCCCAGCAAACGUGUAUGGAUCCAACUCUUCACUAUCCACUGUGUCGGCGGUUGUGGGCGGUGGUGUGAAAUCCUCUUCGUCUCUGAUGCAUGCGCGACCAGCCGGGUUCUCCUCGUGGCAUCGUUUGUGGGCUACCCUUGUUGUGGUCGGUUCCGGUUCUUCUGCCUUUAUGAUCUAUUUCCAGCCAAAAUGCAAAAACGCAAUGUUACGGAACGAGUUCCGCGCACACCAAUGUCAAGUUCAAAGUCUGAUCAAUUUCAGGGGCUUGCAUCCCCUCAGUAGUUCGCAACAUAUGCUAUCUGACGACUCAACCAACGCAACUAGCCACGUUCCCGAAUACACGGAUGAAGUCGAAGAUGGUGAUGCGUCCGAAUUAUUGCAAGACGAGGGCGACACACCGGCCGUCACUACCUCCGAACCCGAACUGGCCAAAUCCCCUGUACGCCGCACGAAUCGAGGGCAUUCCGUACCGACCGCAAUGAGUACCGGUCUAUUCAACUGCUGGGCCCAGAUUGAACUUGGGCAUCAUCGUGAUGGGACUGUGGAUGUCAACUCUUUCCUCCUAUCUGAUCCCAAUCGCCACAAGGUUUAUCGGUUUCGUCCCGUUUUAGCUCGUGACUCAUUGCCCGCGUUCACGCGGUCCACUGGCCCAUUCGACUGGCUUCGUCGCAGCGGAUUUCAUAGCCCCAAAGUUAUGCCGCGUGCUUCACAGCCAUCGGUUGUUAUGGACACCAGUCGUUCUCGACCCAGUCCGUUUGGUUUCAGUUCUCUGGGACGACCCCGCGGAGCUUCUGUCCCGACAGCCCUGACCUCAUCGCUAGUCAGCCCCACCAGCUCGCGUUCAGCCACCUUAAAGCACAUUCGCACUACUAAGGAAGACCCUGGACUUCCGGGCUCAUCUACCUCCAAUCCUGUUGUAGACGAAUGGAUUAGAGCUCUGCAUACUGCCCUGAAUUCGGUCGAACAGUUUCAUCGCCAUCGAUUUAUCGCCUACCACGCGCAACGGUACUGUGAAGAGGACUCUUGAAAAGCAUCUGCUUACUGACCGUCGCUGUGGUCAACUUUUUAGUUCUCUCUCUCCAUGCAUGAGUCUACCGCACAAUUUUCUCUGUGAUCCAGUGGCCAUAUUGGUUCUCUUCCAAAAGAACAAAACACCUGCUUGGGCUGGUGGGUGUUUGUCACGUUUUUUUAGUGUCUCCGGUCAACCCGACUCUUGUUGACACAAACACAAACCAACGGUGUGAGGAUCGUUAGGUUUUUCUUUAUUCUUUCUUGACCCCGUUUCACACCACUUUCCACCACCGCUACGUGGCUUUGGUUUUUGUUCAUAUACUUACUUCGCUUGAUGUGUCGGAUCCGUGCACAACGUUCUCUUCGCUUACCUGGUGCAAUGUUUUGUUCAUUUUUUUUCUAUCGUCCCAUCAGAUCCAUAGAUCGUGCAUCUUUCGCGAGACUGUUCUCUCUGCUAUUCCUUUAAAAUGGCCAUCUGGUCAGGUCAUGCAAGCUGUCGCACCUGCUUUUAUCGUGUACUCACAGUCCGAAUUUAUUAUGUAACAUCGCGCUACGUGUUUCUUAAUUCGUAACUCAAUGCUCUUUUACCGCGAAUGAGCUGCGGUUUUCGUCAGGUCGGUGAAAUCUCAUUACUAUUAUUAUUAUUACUAUUACUAUUAUUACUAUCCUUAUUAUUUCGCUUCGCAGUUCCUAAACCGCUUUCACGCAUGGAUGUACACAUUUGGUCUCAUCUCGACCUAUCUUACUUGUUUCUUGCUAUGUUGUGUAGGGAUUACAUGCAAACAAACCUCUUCCGUA